GCAUUUUUCUUCUUUUGGAACUUUUUAAAUCUCUUCGUUGAUCCUUCCCUUACGAGCUAGAAUUCCAAAACGCGUCAAAACUUUUUUACUGACGUCAUUACAAAUUACGAACACCAUAAAUCUCGGUAGAUUUGUCUUUAGUUUCAUUGAUUCUCUCCUUAGAUUUCGUAUCGUGUCUGAAUCCGGACAAGAUCCUUGUGUCGGAACCAGAAGAAGUAGAAGAAGAUGAUAGAAAAGUGCUUAGGAACGCAUCGCUGUCGCAAAUUACAGAGAGUCUGGCGUCAAGGAAAGGUGACGCUCCUCUGCCUCGUCCUCACCGUCAUCGUCCUACGCGGCACAAUCGGAGCCGGUAAGUUCGGUACGCCGGAGCAAGACAUCGAGGAGAUCCGCGAGCAUUUCUUCUACUCUCGCAAACGCGCCGAGCCUCACCGCGUUCUCGUCGAAAUCUCCUCCGAAACGACGUCGUCCACGGAAGACGGAAACGGCAACAACUACGAGACAUUCGAUUUCAACAAGAUAUUCGUUGACGAAGGAGACGAAGAGAAAUCCGAAGAAAACCGGAAUAAACCGUACUCUCUCGGUCCGAAGAUCUCCGACUGGGAUGAGCAGAGGCGUGACUGGCUCAAACAAAACCCGAGUUUCCCUAACUUCGUGGCGCCGAACAAGCCUAGGGUUCUUCUCGUCACGGGCUCAGCUCCCAAGCCGUGCGAGAAUCCUGUGGGAGACCAUUACCUCUUGAAAUCGAUCAAGAACAAGAUCGAUUACUGUCGGAUCCACGGAAUCGAGAUCUUCUACAACAUGGCGUUGCUCGACGCUGAGAUGGCUGGGUUCUGGGCUAAGCUUCCGUUGAUUCGGAAACUGUUGCUGUCUCAUCCUGAGAUCGAGUUUCUAUGGUGGAUGGACAGUGAUGCGAUGUUUACGGACAUGGUGUUCGAGCUUCCGUGGGAGAGGUACGAGGAUUAUAAUCUCGUGAUGCACGGUUGGAACGAGAUGGUUUAUGAACAGAAGAAUUGGAUUGGGCUUAAUACGGGAAGUUUCUUGCUUAGGAACUCGCAAUGGGCCCUUGAUUUACUCGACGCUUGGGCUCCAAUGGGCCCGAAAGGGAAAGUCCGAGAAGAAGCGGGUAAAGUCUUGACCCGGGAGCUCAAAGACCGACCCGCUUUCGAGGCUGACGAUCAGUCGGCGAUGGUUUAUCUUUUAGCUACGGAGAGGGAGAAAUGGGGAGGGAAAGUGUAUCUGGAGAGUGGCUAUUACUUGCACGGUUAUUGGGGGAUUUUGGUGGACCGGUACGAGGAGAUGAUUGAGAAUCAUAAACCGGGUUUUGGAGACCAUCGGUGGCCACUUGUUACUCAUUUCGUCGGGUGUAAACCGUGCGGGAAAUUUGGUGAUUAUCCGGUGGAAAGGUGUCUACGUCAGAUGGAUAGAGCGUUUAAUUUUGGGGACAAUCAGAUCCUUCAGAUGUAUGGGUUCACUCAUAAGUCGCUAGGGAGCCGGCGCGUGAAACCAACGCGCAAUCAGACGGAUAGGCCGCUUGAUGCCAAGGACGAGUUUGGGUUGCUUCAUCCGUCGUUUAAAGCGGUGAAGCUCACGACGUGAGGAAGAGUAUUCUUUUUUUUUUGGUUACUUUAGGGACACGUUAUGUUUCAUUUCAUUUCUUUAUUUAACUUGUUGGUAGUUUCCUUAAUUAAGAUAUACUAUAAUCUUGAUCUCCCGUUGAUGGCGGAGAACGUGUAUGGUGGAGUA